AUGGGACGAGAUGGUGGUGUAGUGGUUAAGGCACCUGGUCCUGCUGUUGGCGUGACCCGCAUCAUCAUCAACAACAUCAACAGCAACAUCUACUACAAAUACAACAACAAUCACAACAUCAAUAACAACAGCAUCGGUAACAACAUCGACAAUUAUUACGACAAAAAUAGUCACAACAACAAUAACAACAACAGCAGCAACAUCAACAACAACAUCGACAACAAAACCAAAAAUAACGUUGACCACAACAAUCACAACAGCAACAUUUACAACAUCAACAGCCACUCAACAGCCACUCAACAGCCCAUAGACCACGUAAUAAUAAUUAAUGGAAGAAAAACCAUCAAGCAAUCAUUAAAAUAA